UGAAUCAUAUAUGUACCCACUACCCACACACAUUUCUAUUACUCGACAAACAAGAAUUGCGUUUUGCAGUUGUGUUUGAGAAAUUAAGCGUCUAAGCGCAAGCAAAUUGAAAUGCCAGAGAAAAGUAAAGGAGUCAAGAAAAAAAAAACAACAAUAAAAAGUAAAAACACACACAAAGCUAAGAUCGAGCUCGCAGUGUCGUCGUUGUCAUCGUCAUAGCCAGUCGCUCGACAAGUUCUACAAGUUGCUGAAGAACAAACACGAUCAAUGGAAAUUAUAAUGAAAGUAAAAUGUUCACCUGCCCCGGGUGCAACAACGGCAGCCACAGCUGGACACUCAUCAUUAAAAAUUGUCGAUCGCCAUCGACAAUUGCAGCAGCACACGAACACCAGUCCGUAUCCAAAAAGUAAAACACCAUCACAAAUCUCCACUUAUAUUCCAUCACCCACCCACAAAAAUACUAAUAACACCACCGGUAGCAGUACAGAAUGCCUUAUGUCUACGCCAUCACCACCCUGUACGGAGUGUACAGUGGGUUAUUGUUGUAAUUUGCAAUCAUGUUGCAUGCCACCACCACCACCGUCAUCAACAUCACAACAAAAUCUUUCAACACAACCGCCACCACUUUUGCCUGCCCCAGUCGAGAAACAAGCACAACAACAGCAGUUUGAUACAGCCAUCAAUGUCAAUGGGCAUCUGCCGCAAGAGCCUCCGACCGCCAUUGAAGAUCAACCGGAAUUUGUAUCGAUCGAUGAUGAAAAGAUAAAACAAUAUCUCAUGAACUUUGGUCAACAACGUCAGUUAUAUCCGGAGAAUACAAGAAAAAUUAGCCGCGUCAUCAGUACAUCUUCCAUGGAGGCCAACAGUAGGCCAGUGGUAUAUGAAAUCAUUGAAUUGGAUGAUGAAAAUGAAAGGGAAAAACUAAAACAAAUCAAACAACAAGCUGAGCAAAAUUUGGCAGCAAAGCGACUGACAACAAAUCCAUCCAUAAGUUUAAAUUUUACCGCCCGACAAACAAAUUCUCUGAAUAUAAGUUUAAUACCCAAAAUUCCCGAAAAGACACCGGCCACUAAACAGAAGUCAAGUGCUGAACACAAAAUCAUAGCUGAAAUCAAUUUAAUUGAUAGCAGUGACGAUGAUGAUGAUGAUGGGGCAGCAGAGGCCGAUGCAUGUAAUACCACUCCAAUGGAUCGAUGUGGAGCGGACGACAAUGAUAAUGGCGAUGAUGAUAGAGAUAAUGAAGAAGAUAAUGAGUAUUAUGAUGAUGAUGACGAUGAUACGCUACCAUUAGCAGCGGUCAGUUGUGAAUUGGAGUGUGACGACGACGAUGAUGAAGAUGAGAAUGGCGAUGGCGAUAAUGUAAAUCAUCCAACUUCUUCAGCCAAUUUCCAAGAAUUUGGAAAUUCUCGCACAAAAAAUGCCAAUGGCAUUGCUGGUGGCUAUUCAAAUGAUAAUUUAAUCGUACGCUGGGAAGAAUACGAACGCCAGAGAGAACGUGUUUUCUUCGAGUGUUAUCUUUGCCAUAAGAAAGUCCAAUCCAGUUAUAAUUUAAGACGUCACAUGAUGAUUCAUACAGGUGAACGUCCCUUUGCUUGUGAUAUGUGCGAUCGCAGAUUCCGAGAGUUCAGUGAUUUGAAAAAACAUCGUCGACGACAUGCUGGUGAACCCAAUUUCAUAUGCAUGGUUUGUCGAGAAUUGCCACCAUUGGAAAAUGAUCCAAUACGUUGUAUCAAUUGUUGUACCCAAUCGAAAAAUGCCGUCUUAAUGGCGGCCAUGAAAAACACGGAAGAAGAUGAAAAAGCAAAUAAUCAACUUAAAAUUGUGAAAACUGAGAAGUCAAUGGUUGAAAAUGAAAAUGUGAUUGUGCUGGCAGAGUCUCCACCACCACCAACACAGCAGCAGCAACAACAACAGUCCCACACACUCCCCACAAAAACUACAGCCACAAUAACAUCUGUGGCAAUUAUAAAACCAGUUGUGAAAACUUCUGCCACGAAAACUUUCGUCAAUACUCCAUGUUCGUCCUCGAAUGCUUCGACAGCAUCCGAUGACACGAAACAUCUAUUAGACAACAUGCCGGCGGUACAUCGCCAAGACAUAUAUGAUAUGGGUAUGAUUACGCGCAAGGAGUUCGCCUGUCCUUUGUGUAAUCGGGCCUUUGGCACACGACACAACCUCAAACGACACUAUAUGAUACACACCGGAGAGAAACCGUUCAGUUGUAGUAAAUGUCGUAAACCUUUCCGAGAGUAUUCUACACUGAAAAAACACAUGGUUACCCAUCAGCGUGAUCGUUGGUACAAAUGCAUGAGUUGUCCAAUGAAAUUUCGUGAUUUUAUUAAAUUCACCGAACACAAAGAUUCACAUCCUGAUAAUGAUGGGGUAACAAUAAUCAAUUAUGGCAGGAAAUAUCAAUCGAGUGAAAGUUAUAGCAUAGAUUCAAAUGAUUACGACGAUGAUGAUGAUGGGGAUGAUUCUUCGAAUGGUGGUGGUGCUGAGGGGGCUAAUUGGCUGGAAUGCUGUGAAUGUGGCCAACAUUUCAAUGAUAUCGACACCUACAAUGAACAUCUAAAGAAACAUCAAAACUUACAAAUUAAACAGAUCAGUGGUGGCGAUGGAGAGGUGGUUGAAUGUGAUUAAGUGAUAGGGUUUGAAGAAAAAUAUUCAAAAUUGUAAAGUACAAUAUUUAAACUGAGAUUGAUCAAAAUGGGAAAAUUAGUAUCUGAAAAAUGUAUCUAAACAUUAAAAACACGAUGAAAAGCAUUCAUAUAUAAUAUUUAGAAAUUAUAAGAGGGUAUAUAUUUUUAUAGCCUCUAACAAAAUUGUAUAUAACGUAUUUUUGAGACCCACAGAAAAAACGGAAUCAUCCUACAAGUCGCCGAAAAACGAUAGGUGUUAUAGAUUUUCCUCCAACCGUCAAAACCAUGUUAAAUUAUAAAUGGUUACAGCCUUAAUUAUGGGUAUUUAUAGCUACACAAGUGAAAAAUGAAAUUAAUGAAAAGAAAUAUUUAAUGCAAUGUGCAGGUGUUAAAAGGUUUCAAAAGGUUAAUUCAAAUACCUUUUCCAUAUUUAUAAAAUAUUUUAUUUAUACAAAACUCCAUGCUUGCCCUUGAAUAUAAUUAAGUAUAAGAAGUUACAGUAAAAUACUAAAGUUUGUAAGAUUUUCGCAACAUUCCACAAAGUAUUUUAUUAAUUUUUACACUACCUACAUAUUCUUUAUUUAUAUAUUUUUUUUUUAUAAAAAAGCAAACAUUUUUGAACAAGUUUCCUUAUAGUGCAAUUGAAAAGAAAGAAGAUAUUAUUAGCAUCUAUUCAAAU